AUGAGUGGGACAUUUCCACCAACUAAGAGCCAAAAAGCACUCUUGUCCCCUACAGACGUAGCAGAACUUACAGCUGCAGCAGUCGCUGCAUUACCCAGUACGUUAUCACAAGCCAAUUUAUCACUCAAAAAGUCGACAUCCAGUGCUCAUCGUACAGAAAAUGGGGACAUUGUCCAUCAUCAUCAAGCCACCCAUUGUGGAGGAAAUGCGACACUUGUGACGUCGACAACUACAACAAUUCAUCACAUGGGAAGCUCUGGGGUGUCUCUUCCAACAGGAGUCACAACUUCGACUGCAGCUUUAACACCACAAUUUUCAUUGCAUUCUCAUGCUCAUCAUCAUCAUCAUCAUCAUCUUUCACAUGGAGCCAAUCUCUUGGCGAAUGGUAGUCUUAGUGGACUUGCAAGUGGAAAUCUAGGGAGAAAUGGACUCAAUGGAUCCAUGAUUACUGGAAAUUUGACUGCUUCAGCUACUUUUCAAGGUGAUCUGAAUCAGAUCGAUGCAGGAUUGAACUCGGAAGAUGCUGAUGUUCAACUGGAAGCGGCCAAGAAGUUGCGGGUGCUGUUAUCAUCGGAACGUGAUCUACUGAUUCGUCAGAUGCUAGAAAAGAACUGGACGCCACGACUUAUUAAGUGGCUACGACUGCGAGAUCGACCGACUCUUCAAGUGGAAGCGCUGUGGGCACUUACAAAUAUUGCAGCAGGAGCCACGGACAACACAUCGGUGCUGCUACAAAAUGGGGUGAUUCCGACACUCGUUUCGUUGUUGGACUCGUCCAAUGAAGAGGUGCUGGAGCAGUCCGUGUGGGUUCUUGGUAACUUGGCCGGUGAAGGGGCAGCAACGAGGGACCUCGUGCUGAGCGCUGGAGCGCUGAUGCCACUUGUGAACAAUCUGAAGAAGACCUCCUGGGAUCGUCUGUCGCUGCUUCGUAUCUUGACUUGGACUAUUAGUAACUUGUGUGAUGGCCAACCGCGGCCAGUGUUUGAUAUUGGCCUUAUCUUGCCGUAUCUGGCCAAAAUGCUAACGAGUACAGACACGGAAAUCUUGAGCCACGUAUGCUGGGCAUAUUCGCACUUGUGCGAUGGGCCUAGUACACACAUUCAGGCUGUAGUUGACUCGGACGUGUGCUUUCGGCUUGUUGAGCUUCUGAGCCACUCGUCUUGGCGAGUCACGAAACCAGCUCUGCGUGCAAUUGGAAACAUUGUAUGCGCUGAAGAUGACCACGACUACACGCAGCACAUAAUUGAGUGUGGUGCUGUGCCUUCGUUGCGGCGACUGAUUGCACAUUCGAAUCGCGAAAUUCAGAAAGAGGCUUGCUGGACUCUAUCAAACAUUGCAGCCGGCACAGUAGAUCAAAUCCAGUGCGUGCUUGACUCAGGAUGUAUCCCGUCCUUGAUGGGGCUGGCCGCGUCAGACACAACAGAUGCUGAAGUGAAGAGUGAAGCGUGCUGGGUAGUGCUUAAUGCUACAUCAUGCGGAUCGGAUAGUCAAAUUGAGUACCUCGUUCAUCAGGGCUGUAUUCAGAUCCUAGGCAAUCUCUUGGAGGAAACGAGUAUGGUAAUGAUGGCGCUGGAAGGUUUGGAACGCAUUCUUCAGGUUGGUGAGCUGGAGUCGAAGCGCACGGACUCCCCUAAUCCGUAUGCAAGUCUCAUGGCUUCUGCGAACAUAGAGACGCUGGUGUCACACAAGUCGGCUACAGUGGCGAAGCGUGCUUCGCGCAUCUGGCAGCAACACUUUGUCACGUGCGCUAUCUGUCUCGGCCCGUUUUCGAAACACUCGAAUGAUACUUUUUUCUGCGCAGAGUGCAAAUGCAACGUGUGCAAGAACUGCAACUGCACGGUCUUCCACCUGAAGUAUCAGGAGAGUCUUUGGAAGGAAGAAACGGAGAAGGAGGUGAAUGAAAAGCAGGCACGCCAGGCUUCGAAGCGUAGCAAGCGUCAAAAGAAGCGCCAGCGUACCAAGGAGCGCAAGGCAGCUUUGCUUCGUGGUCAAAAGACGACCCCAGGCAAUGGUAAGGGAUCAAAACAAAACCAACGGCAAAGGGGGCAACAGCAGGACGACUCGUCUUCAGAUGAGGCUUCGUCAACUAAGUCAGGAGGUGAAGGAGGAGGAGGUCGAUGUCGACGGCAGGAUGUAGACGACUUUGCCUCGGAUAACGGUUCAAAUGAAUCGAACGAGGAGGAAGAGAAUGGCGGUGCGGCCACCUUUCCCGACGAAGAAGAGGAACCUGCAACAGAAGAUGAAGUCAAGGUCGAUGUACUGGACGAAAUGGUCGAUGCAAACGACAAACUGGUGUCGUACUUGCUGGAGACGGGGUCUAUCAUGGCACUCGCCGAACGCUUGGACCUGGAAGAUGAUAGCUUGUGGAUUGUGGCGGAAAAGGAUAGAACUGCUAUUCACGCGUAA